ACUUGUGUUUUCUUCGUGACGCUUGCACGGUGGACAUCGUCUCAAUAGGACAAAAACUACGUCAUUAGGGUUCUUGAGGCUCAGGUGGUAGUUAACGAGUUUCUUGUUUAUAACAAACACGGAACCCAGUAAACAACAAAAUAUUAGAUAUACUUUUGCAGGGUAAGGGAGCGACGGGAUAUUCGUUUCCUCUUCGCGCUUCCAACCUCAUCUAGCUGAACGACGAUCGACAACAUUCCAGCACCGUGGCGUUCCCAGUGGCUAACUCGUCCUGUUCUCCCUUCUCUUCGUCGGCCUACCAGCCGUCAUCCUCGCCAGGCAUGGCCUACCUGAAGUCUCCUCCGUAUUCCAUGAACGGAAUCGGACUACCUUCCCCAGGAGUGGACUUCUUGCACCCUACGGUUGGGUAUUCUGACCGAGUGACCAACAGUUCACAUUGUAGUUCUUGGACUAAGAUACCCGACCGCCGCCAUUAUGACGUGGACGGAAUGGGUUCCUACUUCAUAGCGCCACCUGUAGCCAAUUCUCGGAAGCAGCGACGAGAAAGAACAACAUUUACCCGAGCGCAGUUAGAUGUUCUGGAGUCUUUGUUUACGAAAACCCGUUAUCCAGAUAUCUUCAUGCGUGAAGAGGUAGCAUUGAAAAUUAACCUGCCAGAGUCCAGAGUCCAGGUAUGGUUUAAAAAUCGUCGAGCUAAGUGCCGUCAGCAACAGCAACAGCACCAACAGAAUGAGGGGCCAUCAACGAAGAGUUCGCGUUCCAAAAAGAUUAAAAUUUCACAUCCAGCCACAACUUUACAAACUACGAGUCAUCGAGAUUCGGUAUACAAACCAGCCUCUUUACCUCCUGUACCAGCACCCUCCCCACCUUCUGUGACAUCCAACGGUACUAGCGCCAUCUGGAGUCCAGUGAUUACUCCUAUGUCCGAUUUCAUGUCCGGCAGCAGUUGUAUGCAAAGGCCAUCCUAUCAAAUGACCAAUAUGAACAACACCAGUAACUGCUACCCUCAAGGUUACGGACCAGCGUCCUACUAUGGAAACAUGAGUAUGGAAUAUCUCCCGCCACCAAUGACGCAUGCGCAGUUGAGUGUCUCGCCAAUGAACUCUUUGAAUCAAAUGAACAUGCCUGUGAUGACAUCGCACAUGAACACCGUAGGACUACCGUCUACGCAACCUCUGACCCCGCGAACCUCCCCAAUUAACGGGAGUAUUUCAUCAAACGACUGUAUAGAGUAUGGUGUUGAAAAGCCAGCUGCAUGGAAGUUUCAAGUGUUGUGAAAUGUGUUUGGUGUAACUCACGUGAUUAAUGUUAAUACAGUUACCUUAUUUCGUUACAAGUUAGUACAACACAGGAAAUUUUCGGUUCUUCUAGCAUCACAUUCACAGUAAGGUAGGAUUAGUGUGUAUUUUAAAAUUGGUUUCUCCCAUACAGCCUUUUGGUUAUAUUAUUGUGAAUAGGAACUGAUUAAUUGAAUUUUCUUUCACGUAAGCAAUCUGAGAAACUUCUGAUUUGUGACCGGACCCAUAAUAUUUAGGACUGAUCUUAGUGCUCGUUUCGUUCUACUAUCGAGAAACUACGAAGUUUCUCAAAUAACACGUGAAUGCCCAAGUGAUACUAAGACAACUAUACCACCAGAAAUAAAGGGUAGUAUUGAUUAUCAAGAAUUCAGUUUAAAAGCUGACAACGUUUGGUAGCAAAGGAGAUUUUAUUUCAUGGUUUAUUUUUAAGACUUUCUAAUCUGUGAAUAUCUGAUUUUACGUAUGAAGUAAUUUGACUGAAUAAUUUAGGGCUAACAAACUGUUUUCCUUUUAUCUUUUUUUCGUUAAUGUGUUCACAUAUAAUUGUCCAUAAACUAAAUAACUCGAUUUUCAUUGCAAAAUAUUUGGCCAAACGCUAGAAGAAAUAACAGAAACAAAAUAAAUCAGGUAAAGGUUCUGUAAUGAAGCGUACAAUCUUGAAAAGUUACAGAUAGUCUGAUUGGAGAAUACGCAAAAGCUUUAUGGAAGAUGAAGACAUCGUAGAAAAGAUUUAAAAAACUUAUUUUAGAUGUAAAUUUGUUGUUUUCGGAAAAUGUAUUCAUGUUUUUAGUUUCUAAACAAGUCAUGAUGUGACUCAUAACACGAGUUUUCUUCUAAACGAGUCAUGGUGUAACUUUAUAUAACAUGAGUUUUGUUUUAGUCGAGUUAUGGCGAAAUUUCGUAAUAUGAGUUGUUGUUUUUUAAACUUAGUAACAAUACGUUUUCUUCUAAACGAGUCAUGGUGUAACUUUAUAUAACAUGAGUUUUGUUUUAGUCGAGUUAUGGCGAAAUUUCGUAAUAUGAGUUGUUGUUUUUUAAACUUAGUAACAAUACGUUUUCUUCUAAACGAGUCAUGGUGUGACUCAUAACACGAGUUUUCUUCUAAACGAGUCACGGUUUAACUUCGUAACAUGAUCUUUCUUUGGAAUAAUGAGAUUUUCUUUCAAACGUAUCAUGACUUCGUAACACGAGUUCUUCUUCUAAACACUUCAUGGCAUGACUUUGUAACAUGAAGGUUAAACAAUUCGGGCUAACCAAGAUAUAUGUUGAAGCUUCCUGUUUUCUGUUAAUUGCUUGAUAAACCUACAAUUAAGUUUUUAUUACUUGAAACGAACUUAUGCGAGGUUUAUGAAGUAUACCUUAUUGCCUUUUUAUCAUCAACCUUUACACAGACAGGUACGGUCAUUUUGGAAGCCAUUGCAAAAUUUUAUUUUGACAUUUAAACAAAGAAUAAACUCGAAUGGGUGAGGAUAAAACAUGUCAUUAUUUUAGAAGUAGAGAGAGAGAAGAAAUAAUUGAAGAAUGUUUGAACGUAGAUGGUAGACGAAAAAAUAUUUUAGGAUACUCAAAAUGAGGCGAGGAAAAUUCAAGAUUACGAGGUAAUAAUGUUCAGUAGAUUAUUAAGCGGAUGAGAAAAAAGACGUUAAAAUAUUUAAUGAACAAAAUUGAAAUAGCUUAAGACUAAUUUAUUUAAAAGUUCUCAACGAAAUGACUUAACUGGUCUACACAAUACUGAUAGAUAGAAAAACGUAUUGGUCGACGUUCUAAGAUGAUGGUUUGAAGCUAAAGUAUGAGUCGAAAAACUUCAAGACUUCAGUUGAUAUGCUUGUUAAACGUUGCAUGCAUUUGUAUACUAUAGGUUAAUUCUUUUUGCAAAUCUAAUCACAUACAAAAACAAGAGAGCUAAACCUAGCAUUUGCUAGUACUAUUUGAGAUUUAAAAUGUCUGAUUAUUUAUUACCCACAUGGCUCAAUCAUUAUUUUCAUGCAAAUUAUGCUUCGUAAGCUUUAAUUCUUGUUUAUUAUAAUUCUAUAUAAUUAAUGUUCAGCCUUUUGAAAACAAAGUGAUAAAACAUUAUCACAGCACGUAAAAUCUGGCAACUUCAUUAUGUAUGACUAAUUUGAUGUUUUUCUUUUACUUCUAAUACUGAUUUCCAGUUUUUGAAUCUAUGAAUAAAAAUCACCGUAUGUGAUGAAAAGCCCCUCUGUUACCGUUUUAUUAAUACAUAAGCAAAAGUAAAUAACCUUACUGCUUUUCCUUGGCAUCAUAUUCUAACAACGAUAAAGUUAGCUGACCGAAAGGACGUUAUAGCUAGUUGAUGAGAAACGGUCAGUAGCGAAUAUUAGAGUCAGGUGUUUAGAUAUUUUUCAUCUCAAAUUUCGUAAGCCUUCUGUGAUCAUCACUGUCAUCAUAUUCAUAAUCAGUCUAUAAUAUCAAUGUGUUUUACAAACGGAUGUUUAUUCUCGCCAGGCAUACAAUGUCCUUGUUUAGGGCCACUGAACUAUUUUUUGUUUAUACACGAUAAGAAAUACCUUUCUUUCAGACUGCAUAAUUGUACGUUUAUCACAUCGAAAAUCAUUAUUUUCCAAAUUAAACAAAAUGCACACCUGAAUUCAUGCAAGCACUGAAAUAGAUCUAGUUAUUUUUGUUUCAUUUUUUUUUAAACGUGUUCUUUCUUGAAAAUAUGAAUGUUCAUACUUCAAGUAAAUGAAUCAAGAAGUUUCAGUUCUUCAGCACAGGCCAUUAAUUUUUGUUUGCAUUCCAGUAAACUGGGCAUAAAAGGUGUGGUAAGCCAAGCCCAAAGCUUUAAUUUGCCAGUAAACUUUCAUAAGUCGUCUUCUUCAAGAAGCAGUAAUAUUAUGACUUAUGAUGUCAAUUUCGUAUGAUUUCUAAAAUAUAAAAAUAACUGGACUGUACAUUCGAAUGUGUAGAAGUUUGGAGCAUGUCGAUGUGUUUAUGUUUUAUUUUGUAAACUCUCUACAGAAUUAUUAUAUAAACUAUGCCACCAUAUGUUAAAUAAAUUCUGUGUGUCUAUACGAUCAUUAUUCAUUAA